AUGGCUUCAUCGGACGGGGAUGUGCGUUCCUUGGAGAUCCCUGAAAAGACGACACCCGACGUCCCAGACUCCCUCGUCAAAACCUUCAAUACGCGCUCCUAUUUCGCUCUCCUCUGGAAGAUGUGUCUUCACAUUCUCCAUAUCAGCCCUUAUUCACUAUUUUCUCCCCUUCGCAAGCUCCAUGCCGAUACGUCCCUUACAUACUACAACGAAACCUUCUCUCAAGAGCUGUGCCGACUCAUCACGCACGGUGCUAUAGCUGGAAAUCGCAAACGUCUUACUCUUCUCUUACAGUUUGCUGUCAUCUGCCGCACCGACGAUCGUCGACACUGGAAUCUGCCAGUCACCCAUGAUGUCGAAGUCCUACAAGAGUUGCGUAAAGCUAUCGCUACUUCAGAGGAUCCUCUACCCACUUCGAUACCCGACAUGCUCAACGAUCUCCUGCUCCAAGUCCUCCCUAGUCCCUCCGACGAAGUCAACUCUGGCAACCUUCCUGAAGGCCCUCCGUAUUCCUGGAGCUGCGAAACCCUGCCUGUCCUGAUGAGUCACCUCAGUUGCAUCGCCCGCGAGAGUUCCACGGACGCCUCUGGUCCCAACGUCACCAUCUACCAGGGGUUUGACGUUUAUAGCGUCUCCACGAUCGAUCUUCAGAAUAUCCGAAAGGCAAUCGACAUUGUCAGCAUUUUCAACAGUCCAAAAAGUGACCUCUCGUUUAGUGUACAGAGCUACUUCGACAAGUACAAAUCCCGUUGGCCUCUCGACGACCGUGCACCGCGCGACAGAAAGGAGUUGAAGAGGUUUAUAAAAGCUUCAUAUCGUGAGAAUUAUCGGAAAAUUAUCGAUGCUCAGAAACUUGCUGGUCGUUAG